UCCUUCCUGGAAUUAUUCAUAUUAUUAGGAAUCUCAUCCCAUUUAAGUAAACUUCUUAUCAUAUUCACUGAGGUAAUCCAAGUUUCAACCUCAGCAUCGUCAAAGUACACAGUUAUGAGUAUUACUUCAGGAGUUCCGUUAAUUACAAUAUUUGCUAAUCACUUGACAUACAAAACAAUGAACUUAAAUCUAAAAUCGUGGUGGAUGUUAAUCAACUCACUAGCAUCCAAUAUGUUCAUAGUUGUGAUUUUCAUAAUUACGAGUUUGUUUAUAAUGAUUUAUUUCUCAGUGAUCAAAAGAUUGAAAGAUCUGAUUGCCGACAAGGAAAAAUAUGAUGAAGCUGCGGAAUGGAGAAUUUCCCUAACCAGAAGAGCAGGUUUUUUAUUUCUUGCUAUACUAAGUUUCAUAAUUAGCAGCAUGUUGUAUGUAAAUAAUCAAACGGCUUUGUGGAGUGUAUAUCAAUUCUCAGCAACAAACAUUGUAAUGGCUUUGGUAUUAACUACGUGUUAUAUUCUGAAACCUGAACGCGGAUUCAAGUAUUUAUUUAAGAAAAGACGCAAAAAAGAAUCAAGUUAUUUCAACAAAAAUCCCACCGCUCAAUGGAAUUUUAGAAAGCAAGAGACUGAGCUAGAAAACCAAAUUGCUCAAUGUAGACAAGAUAGUCAAGUAGCAUCACCCACAUCUCUAGAAUCCACCAAGGGGUCAAUAAAGAAAACUCAGAGCAUCUCAAAUGUAUUUGAAAGUUGUCUGCAAACCAGCUCAACGUUCUGUGAAGUUAGCAGUAGAGAAUCUGGCGCAUUCCGGCAAGAAAUGCAGCAAAAUGCUGCUCACCAAAUAGUUUCCAGUAUCGCAUCAAGUGCGCGAAAACCAUUAUUCAAUAACUACUCUCAAUCGCCCGAUAUUUUAAAGCCAAAGCCUUGUGUUGGAUUAGAUCUAGUCGCCCACAGCAUGUGCGUAAACAAAUCUGAGGUAGAAACUUCAAAAGAACCACCUCCCCUAACAUCUGCUUUGAAGUCCGAGAAAAAGUUGGGAGAAUAUAAAACGGUUCGAAUAAUGUUCCCGCCACAAGUUAUAGUAACUUCGGACGAAACUGAAGUUAUAGAAAGUGAAAGCUGCACCAGAACCCAACCAGACGGCCAUGCUGAAGCUGUAGCCACUAAUGAAUUUGAAGAAAUAGUUGAAACCAAACAAGCAACCACCACAGAAGACAAUCUUGACGGGGUGCUCGACAGUAUAUCGCAUGAUCUUGACUAUCUUCUUAAUAGAGGCGAGAGUAAUGAUUCGUUACUUGGGGCUUCAGGACUAGGAAAAAGGACAUCAAAGCUCUCUGGUGCCAGUGUAAUUACAGACAUUGCUGAAGAAUUUAUUACCGAAGAAAGUAAUUUCGGGGCGGAAGGCAUAGUGCUAAGGACGAACUGUUAGUUAUUAGUGUGUGAGCGUAAAUGGAAGUCUAUUUUAAAUAUGUGCAUUUUCAUUGUAAAUAAAGUUGAACAGUUGAAUUGUUGAAU